GGCCGCGGACUCCCAGCCCCGCAGCCUGCGCUGCGCUCCGCCCCGGCCUCCCAGGAGUGCGGGUGCCGCCGAAGUACCAGCCUCCAGGACCGGUGCCGGGACCCUGCCGCGGCCCCAGUCUCCCCAACCCUGAGCGGCGCACGGAGACCUCCCUCCGGCCGGCCGGCGAGCGCAUUUGCACCUGCUGGCGGCCACCCCCGCCCGCACCUCCUCUGGGGAGACUGGAGAGCGGGUCCCGGACGGCGCGGGAGGCUGCUCCCGGAUUUCUCCACCGCACCAGCUGCCCCAUCAGUCGGGAAGCUCUUGGGAUUCUUUGCUCCCCAUUCCCCUCUUCUUAAGUAUAAUAAAAGGGAAAGGGGACUGGUGGAUUGAAAACAGAAAAAUUGUUUGCAUCUUUAAUUGGGGGGCAAUUCGCUCCCAGUCGGGAGGUGCGGCCCGGGGAGGGGCCAGGAGUGGGAACGUGCCCGGUACUGCCCAGUCUUUGUCUGCCGCCUCCGGAUGCACAGCGAUGGGGGAAUGGACCAUCCUGGAGAGGCUGCUGGAAGCCGCGGUGCAGCAGCACUCCACUAUGAUUGGGAGGAUCCUGUUGACUGUGGUGGUGAUCUUCCGGAUCCUCAUUGUGGCCAUUGUAGGGGAGACUGUGUAUGAUGAUGAGCAGACCAUGUUUGUGUGCAACACCCUACAGCCCGGCUGUAACCAGGCCUGCUAUGACCGCGCCUUCCCCAUCUCCCAUAUACGAUACUGGGUCUUCCAAAUCAUAAUGGUGUGUACUCCCAGCCUCUGCUUCAUCACCUACUCUGUACACCAGUCUGCCAAGCAGCGAGAACGCCGCUACUCAACUGUCUUCCUAGCCCUGGACAGAGACCCUCCUGAGUCCAUAGGGGGUCCUGGAGGAACUGGGGGUGGGGGCAGUAGUGGUGGCAAACGAGAUGAUAAGAAGAUGCAAAAUGCCAUUGUCAACGGGGUCCUGCAGAACACAGAGAACACCAACAAAGAGACAGAACCAGAUUGCUUAGAGGUUAAGGAGUUGACCCCGCACCCCUCAGGACUGCGCACUGCCGCACGCUCCAAGCUGCGAAGGCAAGAAGGGAUCUCCCGCUUCUACAUUAUCCAAGUGGUGUUCCGGAAUGCUCUGGAGAUUGGGUUUCUGGUGGGCCAAUAUUUUCUCUAUGGCUUCAGCGUUCCCGGGUUGUAUGAGUGUGACCGCUACCCCUGCAUCAAGGAAGUGGAGUGUUAUGUAUCCCGACCCACUGAGAAGACUGUCUUCCUGGUAUUCAUGUUUGCUGUGAGCGGCAUCUGUGUUGUGCUCAACCUAGCAGAACUCAACCACUUGGGUUGGCGCAAAAUCAAGCUGGCUGUGCGCGGUGCCCAGGCCAAGAGGAAGUCAGUUUAUGAGAUCCGCAACAAGGACCUGCCCCGGGUCAGUGUCCCCAAUUUUGGCAGGACUCAGUCCAGUGAUUCUGCAUAUGUGUGAAAAUGCAGGUCUGGGGCAAGCCUGGUGAUAAUAAGUACGGAGGCACACAACUGCUGGAGUGUUGCUGCACCUGCCUUGGUUUAUGCAACUCUCCCCAUGAAUGUAAGGUAGGUCUGGGCAAGAGAAGACCUUACACUGAUAGGAGAGAAAACAGAAUCAUUGCCCCCAUCACAUCACUGACUCCACAGAGACAACUGGGCAGAGUGAUGACCUGGAUGAGUUGGAUUUCUUUGGGCUCUUUCUCUCACAGCCCAAUCUGAUGCCAACCUGAUGUUGAUAGCAGUGAACUCACACCUCUACCAAGCUGAACUUAACUCUGCUGAGCUCUGUAUCCUGGUGAAUGGCAUGAGUCAAAUACUCCAUUGGUACAAAAUGUGUGAACUAUCUCAACAUGUCCCUUCAUCCUGGGCUGCAAGAAAACAUCCUUGAGGCAUCCUUCCUUGUACCUCCCCCAUCAGCAUGCCCCUCUUUCUCAACCCAGGAAAGCAUGCCAGUUUAUUAUUUUUUCUUUCUCUGAAUCCAGCCUUACAGUGGGCCUAAUAUGGUCUGUCUGUAAGCUAGAGGAAAUUACAUCAAGUGGUUGUUGGAGACUGGCCAUUAGAACCCCAUCUUACUGGCCCUUAGUUACUAUGAGAACCUUAGGAAUGUCUCAGUAUCUCCAAUUUUCUAAUUCAAACUGCACUGGUGCUGUUUAUUAGG